GAAAUGACACAAAAUGUUCUCAAAAAUUUACUGCAGGCAUUAGGGACAAUAAGACCACCUGUUUUUCUUACACCGUGGCCAGGACUGAAACACAGCGCUCGUUUUAGUCCAUCUUGGUUCUUCAACGCAAGCUCGAAAUUAAUACUCUUCUUUUCAUUCAUCCACGAUUCUGGAUUAAAAAUCCUAAUAAUGGCAUCUGCAGCUAUUGCCAAAAAGUUGAUUCCACUCUUUGACAGAGUACUUAUUCAAAGAGCAGAAGCGAUUACUAAAACCAAAGGUGGUAUAAUGAUUCCUGAAAAAGCCCAAGGAAAAAUUCUUAGGGGUACUGUUAUAGCGAUUGGUCCAGGGUCAAGAAACGAUAGAGGAGAACAUAUUCCACCAACCAUCAAAGUUGGAGAUUUAGUUUUGCUUCCUGAAUACGGUGGAACCAAAGUUGAACUUGAAGACAAUAAGGAAUUCCAUUUAUUUCGUGAAUCUGAUAUUUUAGCAAAACUAGAUGAAUGAAGUUCUCUGAUAAAGUAUAAUCUUACUUUUUUUGCUUAAUUUUAAAACAAAAAUAUGUAAAGUGUGUUUUCAAUAAAAUUUUUUUUAAUUUAA